CCCGUGGAGCGUUUGCUUGGGACGGUGCCCAGCCGUGCGCCUCGCUUUCCCGAAGCCGUCCCGUCCUCCCCCGGAACGGUGUGCCUUUGGGGGACCACCCCGGCCCGAGGACGCUCUGUCACCCUUGUUCCAAGCUGUAGCAGAGCAGCCGCGGGAAGAAUGCGGGACUACGACGAGGUGACCGCGUUCCUGGGCGAGUGGGGACCCUUCCAGCGCCUCAUCUUCUUCCUGCUCAGCGCCAGCAUCAUCCCAAACGGCUUCAAUGGGAUGUCAGUGGUGUUCCUGGCGGGGACCCCCGAGCACCGCUGCCGGGUGCCCGACUCGGCGAACCUGAGCAGCGCGUGGCGCAACCACAGUGUCCCGCUGCGGCUUCAGGACGGCCGCGAGGUGCCCCACAGCUGCCGGCGCUACCGGCUCGCCGCCAUCGCCAACUUCUCGGCGCUGGGGCUGGAGCCCGGGCGCGACGUGGACCUGGAGCAGCUGGAGCAGGAGAGCUGCUUGGAUGGCUGGGAGUACAGCCAGGACGUGUACCUGUCCACCAUCGUGACCGAGUGGAACCUGGUGUGCGAGGAUGACUGGAAGACUCCGCUCACCACCUCCCUGUUCUUCGUGGGCGUGCUUAUCGGCUCCUUCGUGUCCGGCCAGCUGUCCGACAGGUUUGGCAGGAAGAGCAUUCUCUUCUCGACCAUGGCUGUGCAGACUGGCUUCAGCUUUCUGCAGAUUUUCUCCGUCAGCUGGGAGAUGUUCACCGUGCUGUUUCUCAUCGUGGGCAUGGGCCAGAUCUCCAACUAUGUGGUGGCCUUCAUACUCGGAACAGAAAUUCUUGGCAAGUCAGUUCGUAUUCUAUUCUCUACGUUAGGAGUAUGCACAUUUUUUGCAGUGGGCUACAUGCUGCUGCCACUGUUUGCUUACUUCAUCAGAGAUUGGCGGAUGCUGCUGCUGGCGCUGACGGUGCCGGGGGUGCUGUGUGUCCCGCUGUGGUGGUUUAUUCCUGAAUCUCCACGGUGGCUGAUAUCCCAGAGGAGAUUUAGAGAGGCUGAAGAGAUCGUCCUAAAAGCUGCCAAAAUGAACAAGACAGCAGUGCCAGUGGUGAUAUUUGAUCCUGUGGAGCUACAAGAACUAAACCUCCUGAAGGAGCAGAAAGUUUUCAUUCUGGACCUGUUCAGGACUCGGAAUAUUGCCACAAUAACCAUUAUGUCUGUGCUGCUCUGGAUGCUGACGUCUGUGGGUUACUUUGCUCUGUCUCUGAACUCCCCUAAUUUACAUGGAGAUCCCUACUUGAACUGUUUCCUCUCAGCCUUGAUUGAAGUCCCCGCUUACAUUGCAGCCUGGCUGCUGCUGCGCACCCUGCCCAGGCGCUAUAUCAUAGCAGGGGUGCUGUUCUGGGGAGGAGGUGUGCUCCUCUUAAUUCAGCUGGUGCCUGCAGAUUAUAACUUCGUGUCCAUUGGUCUGGUGAUGCUGGGGAAAUUUGGGGUCACUUCUGCCUUCUCCAUGCUGUAUGUCUUCACCGCAGAGCUCUACCCAACCCUGGUCAGGAACAUGGCUGUGGGGGUCACAUCCAUGGCCUCCAGGGUUGGCAGCAUCAUCGCUCCCUACUUCGUUUACCUGGGUGCUUACAACAGAAUGCUGCCCUACAUUGUCAUGGGCAGUCUGACUGUCUUCAUUGGAAUUGUCACCCUUUUUUUCCCUGAAAGUUUUGGAAUGACUCUACCGGAGACCCUAGACCAGAUGCAGAAAGUGAAAGGAGCAACAAUUUUAUUUUCAGGUUCAGCUCUGGGAAAAAAUCUAGAGAUGCAAGAGAGAGAGGAGAAAAUCCGAAAGUUCUAGUGACUGCGUUCUGAUAAAACUUCUCCCCUGUUUGAGCGAACUGAAAAUCAGAGACUGUAAAGAAACCAGAGCCCGCCCCCCCCCCCCCCCCCGAAGAAAUGAACUGUGACAAGUAACACGAAGAUGGGCCUUGCUGUGGAGAAACGGCUGUCGUGUGGGGGACUCUGGACCACUCUGCCAGAUAAGCUCAUUCUUAGAAACAACCAUCUCUAGUGUCCUCCUUACUAACGAACUCAAUGAAAUGAAGCUUACAGGAUUUUUUGAAAAGGACUAGUAAAAUCCAUACCAAGAUUAACAUUCACUUCCAAACAUACAGAUACUAUCCAAACAAAACAAACGUCAUUGGAUGACCACAGCUUAAAUGACAACAGCAUGUGUGUACAUGUACAAACGCGUGUACAUGGGAAUGGGAAGGUAUGCAGGUGGUUUUUGACAUUCACUCAUAUCCUGCUAUGACUAAAUGAUUACGUGGGUCCGGUUGCACGUCGUAUCUCCAUGGAAAACCCUACAUUGUUGCUGACGUGUCGCUGUAGUUAGGACUGAGAUGGUUGCUUCUACAAGGAACUUGGAACAGACCUUUAGCUCGUCCAUAUACCCUAAACAACAUAACAAGUAUUUACAUUGGAGUAGAUCUUAGAAGCCACCUAGAGGCUAUUUAAAGCAUACUGAAGGUGUGAACAGGUUGUAUGGGAAUGCCACAUCAUUUGACGUGAGAGACUUGAGCAUCUUUGGGUUCUGGUGACUGUGGGGGCGUUGCCCUCGCAGUACUACAUACUGAGCAAUGACUGUAUGUGAUAUCCUUAACCAGAAAAUGUUAUACAUUCCUUGUGGGUGAAUCAAUGUCUGUCAGAGAAAUAAAUAAGUAA